AUGAGUACUCGCCCGAGUACACGAAAAGAUCCAUUAACAAAAUUAAAAGAAUUAUGUCGUGAAGAAGAUAAAUGUGAAAAAUUUAAACAUCGUUUACAAGAAUGUACCGAUAGAGUUAAUAGUAAAUCAUGGACAAAAGAAACAUGUGAUGAAGAAUUACUCAAUUUUCUUCAUUGUCUUGAUGAAUGUUGGUCAUCACAUAUAUUCAAAUAUUUGAAAUAA